GCCGUUUAGGGUUUGCUAUUCCUCUGGUGCUUCGUCGCUUUUCCUCGCCGCCAUUUCUUCCUGGCUGCUUCGGCUUCGCGCGUUGUGCGUGCUUCGCACGAGGGGAGCUCGCUAGCUGCUUUGCCUCCUUGGAAGGCAUCGGAUCGGAAGUCACAACGGUAGCUCGCUCACUGCGUAGGUAACAGCUGUUUCUCAAGUUCGUGAUCACGGGGCAGCGGAUUGUAGGGUUCCAGAAUUUUGUUUUUGUGAAUCCCUCCUUAUCCCUUCGCUGCCUUAUUAGCAAAUGGAGAGGCUGAAGAUAUUUAGGAAUAGCUCCGUCGAGUGGACUCCGUCGGCGGUGGUGGCUCUCGCUACAAGCGACGAUGGCUCGCAGGUAGCCGCGGCCAGGGAGGAUGGAUCCGUAGAGAUUUGGCUUGUUUCUCCCGGCUCUGUCGGUUGGCAUUGCCAGUUGACCAUCCAUGGGAACCAUAGUUCGAGAGUGUCUUCAAUGGUUUGGUUACCUUUCCGUUCGAAGGGUGGAGGGCGAGGUCGUUUGUUGUCCUCCAGCAUUGAUGGGUCCAUUUCAGAGUGGGAUUUCUUCACGUUACAGCAGAAGAUUGUGCUUGAUACCAUAGGUGUAUCAAUCUGGCAAAUGGCAUUAGAACCAAUUGAUGAUUCAUUACAUUUUGGGGGCAAAGAUUUACAACUAUUACCCAAUGGAAAUACUUACCAAGAUGGGGAUAGUAAUUAUGAAUCUGUUGAUUCUGAUGGUGAUGAUGACCCUACUGAACUAAAUGCUGCAACUAUUGGAAACAAAAAUCUGCACUUGGCUCUUGCAUGUGAUGAUGGUUGUGUGCGUUUAUAUACUGUUGAGGAAAGCGAUCUAACUUACAAAAGGUCGUUCCCUAGAGUCAGUGGGCGCACACUUAGCGUUGCUUGGAGUCUUGAUGCAAAACUCUUAUUUUCCGGAAGUAGUGAUGGUGUCAUAAGAUGUUGGAAUACGUCAUCUUUCCAUGAGACCUACCGUAUUAAUGUUGGGCUUGGAGGACUUGGAAGUGGAUUAGAGCUCUGUGUAUGGUCUCUAAUGUUUUUAAGGUGUGGGACCUUAGUUAGUGGAGAUAGUACUGGUAGUGUUCAGUUUUGGGAUAGUAGACAUGGAACGCUAUUGCAAGCUCAUACUUAUCAUAAGGGUGAUGUUAACGCUUUAGCAGCUGCUCCUGGCCACAAUAGACUAUUUUCGGCUGGUUCAGAUGGCCAGGUGAUUCUUUAUAAGCGCUCCAGUAAUGCUGUUGAUCUGGAUAAAGUUGAACCUUUUGUAGAUCAUACUCACAACUGGAUAUAUGUUGGAUACGUUAGAGUUCAUACUCAUGAUGUGAGGACCUUGACAGUGGCUGUUCCUGUUAGUUCAGAAGUUUCUUUUCCUAAUGAGAAGUCAUCUGGCAGCAAUGUCCGGCAUAGGGACAGGUCUAUUAAUUUUACUUUCCAUAAAUGGGCACACUUAGGCGUCCCCAUGCUUAUUUCUGGAGGUGAUGAUUCCAAGUUAUUUGCUUACUCUGCCCGAGAGUUCACACACUACUCUCCUCAUGAUAUCUGUCUGGCACCUCAACGGGUACUUGUGCAAAUGGCGUCUAGGACAGUCGCUGAUGGAGCUUCAAUGUUACUUGCUCAACACGGUGCACAGCUGGAUGUGUUGCUUAUAAAAUCAAAUCAUCCUGGCAUGUCCAGUGCACCACUUAGAAGCAAAGAAACCACACAAGUUAUAGCCCAUGUUAAAAGUAAAGAAUCUAGAAAAAUCAUUUCUAGCACCAUAUCAAAUACUGGCAAUUUUUUUGCUUACUCUGAUCAUGUGAAACCUUGCAUUUUUGAAAUAAAGAAGCUGAAAUCCAGAAGUGGUUGGUCUGUGAACAAAUUACAGCUGCCUAGGCGAUUGCCAUAUGCUCAUUGCAUGGUUUUCAGUGUUGACUCCACAAGAUUGAUGUUAGCUGGCCAUGACAAGAAAAUUUAUGUUUUAGACCUGAAGAGUUUGGAACUAUUGCAUACAUUUUUGCCUCAAGGAAAGGAGGGACAUAUGAGUUCAAUACCUUGCGAACCUCCUAUAACGAGGAUGUUUACAAGUUCUGAUGGGCAAUGGCUAGCUUCUGUCAAUUGCUUUGGCGAUAUUUAUGUAUUUAAUCUUGAGACAUACAGGCAACAUUGGUUUAUUUCUCGAUUGGAUGGUGCCGCUGUCACUGCUGGAGGUUUUCCUCCAAGUAAUAGUAAUGUGCUAGUCAUUACGACAUCUUUAAACCAGAUUUAUGUUCUUGAUGUGGAAGCAAAGCAAUUAGGUGAAUGGUCAAGGCGCCACAAGAACAUUUUGCCUAGAAGAUUUCAAGAUUUUCCAGGGGAAGUUUUAGGGUUAUCUUUUCCACCUUCUAAUUCAACAUCAGUGAUGAUCUACAGUGCAAGGGCUAUGUGCUUGAUUGACUUUGGGAUGCCAAUUCAUGAAGAUGAUGAGCAAGUUAUCUCGAACAACGCAAAGGCAAACAGAAAGAGGAAAAAAAUAGAUCAAGAAAUCAGUUUCCAUAAGAAAAGGAACUUCGAGUUUUGUGCCUUCAAAGAUCCAGUUUUUUUUGUCGGCCAUCUAUCAGAAAAUUCUGUGUUUGUAUUAGAGAAGCAAUGGGUGGAUGUUCUCAAGAACUUCGAUGCGCCUGUUCACAGACAUAUAUAUGGAACCUGAAUUUACUUUUCCAUGAAAUCACAGCUGCAAAAGGGUUUUGGUUUAUUACCGUUGCCCUUUUUCUUUUUGCCAUCCUCUUUAUUUUCUUUUCAUUUGUAAAAUAUUAAUGAUUAUUUAAGUGCUAGGCUUUGAGGAUAAGGUUAUUAUUUAUCUGAACGAUGUAUGUUAUUAAAAUGCUAAGUCUUUGAGAGUAAGAUAAUUGAACUUUAGAGUCAGAGUAUAUCCAAAAUGCAAAUUCUUUUUGUUUUGGAUUUAGGGCAA